UCUUUGUCAGUUAACUAUGAUCUCUGAGUUGCUGCCAGCGCCUCACGUGUUAGUUAGUCUUCUUGUUCUGCUAAGCAUUUGAAAAAAGGCAGUAUCAGAGUCAUCUGGUUUUUCAUACUGAACAUUUUUGGAUCAUGUCGUCCGGGUCUGAGACUGUUCAUUACAUACACCUCCACAACGCUAGUCAGUCUGUCCUGGAGGCUCUGCGUUCCCAAAGGCGGAAAGGCCUGUUUUGUGACGUCACCGUUCGGAUUCAUGACUCAUCUCUGCGAGCUCACGCGUGUGUCUUGGCAGCUGGAAGCCCCUUCUUUCAGGACAAACUCCUCCUGGGUCAUUCUGAGAUUUCUGUGCCGCCGCUGGUUCCCGCGGAAACAGUGAGACAGCUGGUGGAUUUUAUGUACAGCGGUUCCCUGGUGGUCGUUCACUCUCAGGCGCUCUGCAUCCUGACAGCGGCCAGCAUUCUCCAGAUUAAGACAGUCAUUGAUGAAUGCACUCAGAUUAUCUCCCAGAAGAGAGUGGGCAGCGGUGCUGUAGGAGUUCCCACUGGCAGUGGGCUGCCAGUAGGGGGAGUUCUUCCCAAACAGGAGGAGAGGGCCGGCAGUAAGGGCAGGGACAGCAGCAGUACUGGAAGCUCUGGAAGCACUGGUCCAGUCAGCCUGCAGGGACUGGGGAACUUCAGUAUGGGGAGCUGUAGCUCUGCAGGGAUGGGAACAGGUUUGGGUGAGGGUGGGGUGGGAGGAGACCCUGGCAGUAUGGACGCAGCAGCAGGGGUGGGCCUUAUGCCAUUAGGGGAUGGUGGCCCUGGGCCAGUUUGUCGGCCAGAUGGGUUUGGAGCUCCUGGAGGAAGUGCAGGGAUGUUAAAAGCAGGGCCAUGCAGUCAGGACCUGAGUUUUAUUCUUGGGCAGCCGACAGACCGGACCACCAACACCAGCGGCAUGGAUGUGGGGCCUGGGCAGCACCGAGGCUGUGUGUCUGUUGGGCCUGUGCCAGGCAACGCUGCCAGGGACGGGCUCCGGGGUAGCUCGGUGGAGUAUGGUACAGUAGGGGACGAGCUGGCAGUGGGUAUAGACAGAUACAAUGAAGAGGAGGAGAUGGAAGGAUCAGACAGAGGGAGGGAUGGAGACCGAGAAAGAGGAGCUGGGCACAGCCGCAAGCAGAGACAACCUCUCAGAUUACAGGUUGUUGGUGAGGAAGAGGUAGUUAUAAAACACGAGGGUACACAGGACAGUACUGCAGCCCUGUUCGAUUUGGAGGCGGGAAGAGGAGAUGGAGGCCACGGCUCCGCCCAUGAAGCAGCCACAGUGUUCGGACAGGGCGGGUUUUAUGAUGAACCUGGUGUGUUUCCUGCGAGUUUCUGGCCUCAGACUGAUGCUUCGCAAUCACUAGUGUCGAACCCGCGUGGAAGAGUGCCCAAACCCCCCUCCCCGCCCCCCUCAUCACAGGCUGUCAGCAACCAGCUUCUCUUUCAGUACCCUGUGAGUGAAGCCCCGCCCACUUCUUCCUACUAUGCGGGGGGGCCUAUGCUGAUGGACAGCAUGGCAGAGACCUGUCAGCAAGCCCCGCCCCCUACACCUCUGACCCCUGCCCCGCCUCCAGCCACCCCAUCAUGCGUUGCAGGUCCGAGUUUUCCAGCACAGAGUUCAGAGACAUCAUUUGACUGCAGUCACUGUGGGAAGUCAUUGCGGUCCCGAAAAAACUACAGUAAACACAUGUUUAUCCACUCUGGUCAGAAACCUCAUCAGUGUAGCAUCUGCUGGCGCUCCUUCUCUCUGCGGGAUUACCUGCUGAAGCACAUGGUUGUUCAUACAGGUGUGCGAGCGUUCCAGUGCUCCGUCUGCAGUAAACGCUUCACCCAGAAGAGCAGCCUGAACGUGCACAUGCGCACACACCGCGUGGAGCGCACCUUCUCCUGUCCCGUCUGCCACCGCGCCUUCACCCACCGCACUCUACUGGAGAGACACGUGCUCCAGCACGACCACGGACCCCCGCUGAAACCCAACCCGCACUCGCUGGAGUCCGCUAACAACAACAACAACAACAACAAUGCAAACCCGCAGCCGCCUACACACUGA